AUGGCGCCUGAAACAUAUGACUUUGCAAACGACUUCAAGACUCUUUACAUACCAAAGCAAAAACCCGAACCAGCUCCCGUGGCCGAAAACAUGAAAGCGCUGAUCCAAAGCUACCCGCCUUUGAGCCAGGCAACGUCAGUGGAAAGCUCUGACGGCGUUUCAUUCACUGCGUUGUUGGAGAUACCAAAGUUUCGAUCUGAAGAGAGCUGGGAACUUUCUCUCUGGCAUUCAAUUGAUGGAGAGGACUGGAUCGACGGUGAAAUACCUAGGAUAACGAGCACCGGGGCACCUCAAGCUCUCCAUGUCGAAUCAGAAGCCGUCUCUAGAAAAUACUUUGCAACAAAAUUGUCUUUCAAGAAAUCAUUACGAUUCACUAUCAAGUUCCGCCCCAAUGCCAAUGAUCCCUGGAGAUGGAUCCGUGAUGAGCAAGGGGUGGAGGAUGGCCACAUUGUGCUACUCCCCGCUCCCACCGAGUCUGACGAUUUGAACAACCUUAUUCAAGGACUUGAUCCAGCGUGGAAGGUUACGUCUCGCAUGAGCCAAGCACCAAAAACUCAACUAUGGUCUCUCGAGACUGCGGUGCCUCCCGGAGAAAACGAUUUGUCUUCAUACACUGAUGUUCAGCUUGGAACCCCUUGGGGUUCUUUUCUCAGUGGUGCCGUCUCGGUAAAUGUGCGAAACGACUCGCUUUCAGAUGAAAAGGUUGUCAUUCUCGUGGCCGAAGGAAAUGACUUUGAAAAAGCCGUUGCGGCUGUGAUGUACCACGCAAGGACGCUUGUGAUGAAGGCACGAAGCGCAAACCAAGCUUUGGAAACCGAAUUAAAGACACUUGCUGACGCAGUUCGGCCGGAGUGGCUUGAGAACUGGUAUGAUGGGCUUGGCUUCUGUACAUGGAAUGCACUUGGCCAAAGGCUUACUGAGGAAAAGAUCCUUGACGCAAUUGACAAACUGGAAAAACACAACAUAAACAUCACGUCUCUAAUAAUUGACGAUAACUGGCAGUCAAUCGACUACCAAGGUCCUAGCCAGUUUCAAUACGGAUGGGCUGAUUUUGAGGCCGAACCACAAGGCUUUCCAAACGGUCUCAAAGCAGCUAUUACGAAAAUCCGUCAAAGAAGCCCAAACAUCCAACACAUUGCAGUUUGGCAUGCUCUUUUGGGAUACUGGGGCGGUAUCUCCCCUAAUGGAAAGCUCGCCAAGAAAUACAAGACGGUUGAAGUCGUUCGCGAGGAAGCCAAACGACGCAAUCUACCACUUGGCGGCAAGAUGACGGUAAUUGCCAAAGAAGACGUUGCCCAAUUCUACGAAGACUUUUACAAAUUUCUCUCCGACGCUGGCGUUGAUGGCGUCAAAACAGACGCGCAGUUCAUGGUUGACAUGUGGCUCAGCGCUUCCGUCAGACGCGAGCUCAUCAACACAUAUCUAGAUACAUGGAACCUCGCUUCUCUUCGCUACUUCAGCGUCAAGGCUAUAUCCUGCAUGUCGCAGAUCCCACAGGCGCUGUUCAAUUCCCAGAUGCUGCCAAAUCGGCCUGCCUUGCUCGUCCGCAAUUCAGACGACUUCUUCCCGCAAAUUCCAUCGUCGCACCCCUGGCAUGUGUGGACAAAUGCCUACAACAGUAUUUUCAUGGAGUAUCUCAACGUUCUUCCUGAUUGGGACAUGUUCCAAACGGUGCAUGAUUACUCUGGUUUCCACGCUGCGGCGAGAUGUGUUAGCGGAGGCCCGAUUUAUAUAACAGAUGUUCCUGGGGAGCACAAUAUCGACCUGAUAAAGCAAAUGACGGGUGUGACCCCCAAAGGGAAAACCGUCAUCUUCCGACCAAGUGUCUUGGGAAAGUCCAUUCAUCCUUAUAUUGGCUAUGAUGACGAUUUGCUCCUCAAGGUCGGUAGUUAUCAUGGAGCGUCGGAGACCGGCACAUCAAUGGUUGCCAUAUUCAACAUCUCAGCCCGCCCGCUCACCGAACUCAUACCCCUUUCCUGCUUCCCAGGCACAGUGCCCUCUGUGCACUAUGUUGUUCGAGCUCAUGUCACCGGAAAGACGUCGGUGCCUAUGAACAUUGGAAACCCAACUUCGCUCAUCACCGGAUCUUUAGACGUGCGAGGGUACGAGAUUCUUACAGCAUUCCACGCCGUGCCUCUGACAGGCCAGAAACAUGGAGACAUGUGGGUGGCGAAUCUUGGGCUUAUUAGCAAGAUGACCGGAGGUGUAGCCAUCGCAGCCAGUAGUGUCGCCAUGAAGGAGAACGGAAGGGCAUCGGUUGUUGUCAAGUUGAAGGCUUUGGGAGUUUUCGGUGUUUAUGUCUCUGCAUUACCCGACCUGGCUCUCAAUGAAGACUUUAUCGUUAUGCUUCAGGAUCAGGCGGUUCCAGUAGAGACUGUGCGUAUCUCGCAAAACGAUGGGCAUGUACUUGAAGUAGAUGUCGAGAAGGCGUGGGAAGAUAUGAAGCUGGAGGAGCCUGGACUAAAGGACGAAGUCGAAGUCAAGGUCAGCUUUGCUACCUAG